AUGCCACGCUGGCCCGCUGCCGCCGCGGACUUCGUCGGUCGACUCCCCGGCGCCCCUCUCCUCUCCCGCGGCGCUGCGUGCCGCGUCCGCUACCGCGUUCCGCCUUUCCGACUCCCCCCGUCUUCGGACAUCGCCCUCCGCUCCCCCCCCCCUCGUCCGUCGUGCCGCCGCGGGCUUCCGCCGCGUCCGCGUCGUCAGCCUCCUCCGCCCCCUGUCGGCUCGGCUUCGCCCUGCACCCCCGCCAGCUGCCGCGCCGCCGCGGCACCAUGCCGGCUGCCGGCGCCUCUUCUUCCGCCGCGGCCGCUGCGGCCGCGGCCGAGCCGUUCACCCUCUGCGCGGACUCCUCUGGCUUCCUGUUCGCGGCCCUCCUCUUCCCCGCGCCCUGCCCUGCCUAUCCCUAUGCUCCCUCAUCUGCGUCCGGUCUCGCUGAGCCGCCUCUUCCGCCGCGUCCGCCGCGUCCUCUACGUCGCCCGCCGCCCUUCCCGCUUCUUCAGGGUCCUCGGCCGCCUGCGUCCGCCGCCUCCCCCUCUCCGCCCCGUCAUGAGCGCCCUCCUCUACGUCCUUUACCGCGUCCGCCGUCGGGCCGCCUCUGCCUAUGACGUCGCCCCCGCCCUCCUCGUCGGUGCCUGUUCCGCUUGA